UUAAAUAUCUGGUCACACUUGUCCGGUCUUUCGAGCAAGUUUGCUUAUCUUUAUUUGUAAUUAAAUGAUAAAAUGUUGAAGAAAAUUCUGAGCUUUCUAAUACUAGUUGGUUGUUGCCACAAUGCAAUUUCGCUUGAAACAAAGAAGACAUGUAAGCAUCUGGUAGGCGAACUGGGCGAUUCACAAAGCAAAUUUGUGUACUGUGUCACCGAUCAUUCGGUUCCUGUAGCUCUUUGUGUUGACUGCGAGCCUCUUUAUGCAAAUAUGAAAAACGCCUACCAGACUUUGAUGUCGAUUGAGAACUGUUCGAAGAUCUAUUCAAACGCAGAUCGUAUCAACAUAGUAUCUACCACUCAGGAGGUGUUAACCUAUAUGUGGAAUAAGGCCAAUUGUGACGAUUGCUUUCGAGGUAACCAUUCAGAACUCUAUGAAGAAUUGUGGAAUUCAUUUAAUUCUUGCCUGACAAUACACCCCAAGUCCGAGUGUACUGAUUGCAAAAUCGAGUAUCUUACCUUAAAUAAUUUCUACCUUGAAAUGGAUAAGGCCAACAAAGGACGUGUGUGCUUUGAUUUGCAGGACAGUAUGAAUCGCACUCGCCUUAAAUGGUCCGAUGAAUUAAAGUGCUGCCAGCGCGAAGUUAAAAUGACGAUAUUCAUCAUCACCGUGUGCCUGGUCGUCAUUCUACCCCUUUGUAUAUUCUACAGCACAGCCGUCGUAUUGACCAAACGACGUGAGGCUGAACACGGAGUGAUUAAUCAUCUUACACCUGAAUUAGAAGAUCCUGCUCCAUCGACAUCGGCCUUGAUAACCGCUGCCAUCUUGUCCACACCUCAAGAGACAAUGUCAGAGGUUCAAGCCCAAAUUGAAAAAAUAUCCGAUGUAGUGGAAGCGCCGAGAACAAAGGCCUUGUUUAAUCUUUCAGACAGCGAUGAUUUAUCUACCGAUGAUGAGCCUAUACUUGGUAGUUGAAGUCGUUAUUUAACCUAUUUGCAUUGUUUGCAAAUUGUAUUAAUUAUAAGAAAAGUCCCAAGUUAUUUAUUUUUUUCGAAUAUUGAAAACGUUGGAUUGUGUGAUAAAUUUUCUACAUUAAUAUCCAAAGGUUAUUUUGCCAUUAUUAAAAUGCUUUACAAGUAUACAAUAAAAUGCAAUUCCCAUGACCCUCUGUGAAAACGGGGAAGCCCCUUCAUA